CGCGGUGACAGCAGCAGGAAGACGUGCUGUCUGCCCAGCACCCGUGGGCGGUUCAGACCUGCUCCGCGGACGACGCCGGGUGGAUGCUUCUCUCCCUGGUCCCAGCCAAAGCUUGGCUCCCAGUGACCUGGGCCAUUUCCAGCACACCAGACAUCUCCUCGAAGGAUGAAAAUCUGCCUUUACCAAGGUUAAUCAGCCUUGGGCGCCCAGUAAGAAUCUGAAGAAUGAGCAAGCUGGGGCAGGUGGAGGUCCGAGCCCACAGCUCCUGGCUGUGACUGCACAGAGGGCCAGCAGGCAUUUGGAUGUCGGAAGGGCCUUCGCGGCGUGGCCAUGUCCGAAGGGGAGAGCAAGGACAGCUCCGGCAGCGAGUGCCCCGUGUGCUACGAGAAGUUCCGCGACCUGGAGGGCGCCAGCCGCACGCUGAGCUGUGGCCACGUGUUCUGCCACGACUGCCUGGUCAAGUACCUGCUCUCCACCCGCGUGGACGGCCAAGUGCAGAGGACCAUCGUCUGCCCAAUCUGCCGCUACGUCACCUUCCUCAGCAAGAAGAGCUCCCGCUGGCCCUCGGUGCUGGACCGCAGCUUGCAGACCCUGGCCGUGCCCGUGGGCCCGCCCGACACCCUGGGCCACACGAACCCCCUGGCCGCUGCCCAGCAGGUGUGGAGGCCGGCCCCGAGCCAGGGCGCCCCGCCACCCUUGGACCUGCCGCCGGGCCUGGCCCGGGAGCCACAGAUCUUUGUCAUCAGCCGCCACGGGAUGCCCCUGGGGGAGCAGGACAGCGUGCUGCCACGGCGCAGCCUGGCCGAGCUGUCCGAGGCCUCCCCGGCCCCCAGCUCCGGCCGGGCCUUCUGCUGCCGCUCGCGGGCCCUGCUGCUCAUCACCCUUGUCGCCGUGGUGGCCGUGGUGGCUGCCAUCCUGCCCUGGGUGCUGCUGGUGAGGAAGCAGGCCUGAGCCAGGGUAGAAAAUGGGGUGCCCUCCCCCGCUCAGAAGCAACAGCUGUGCCCCUGCCCCAGAGGGGCUGGUAUCUUCUGCAGAUACUCUCCCUUCCUCCAGGCAGGAACUGAGCAAGGUGGGAAGCUGGGUGGUCCCCUUCUUCCUGUGGGGUCACCAGCCCCGAGGCACCGUCCCUAUCUGCUGGGUGACCUGCCUGAAGCCAGGUGGGGCUCUGUUGUGGCUGGAGGGGGGCCCAACGGCAGGACUCAUCCAGGUCAGAAUUCUCACCCAGGCCUCUCUAGCUGCCUCUCCGGAACCAAUAAAAGGGGUGGCUCGGGAGCCAAAAGCACCUUGCCCAUGAUCUCAGCAACCAUCCAUGACCCUCACCGUUGGGCCAGCAUAUGUCUUCCCACCCCCAAGUCACCAGCCUGGAAGAUCUUCACUGGGGGAGAAGCUGAUCUUAGAGGCUGUGGUCCAGGAUCUGUGGGGGACGUAAUGGAAAAGGGUCAUCCUGGGGAACGGGGGGCCGAGGCUAGCAAAGUGGCCCACAGAGCCAGAGGUCUCCCCCAGCCUCAAGGAAUGGUUGAAAAUUUGAGUCCUGGGGUUCUCAAGGAUUCACCAGCAGGCAGGGCAUCAAGGGAGAGCCCGAUGGCCGAGACUUGAGUCAGUGGAGAACUAUGUGGGCACAAUUAAGCCCUGGGGGCUCCCACCUCCCUCCCAGCCCAGGUCCUCCUCCUCCUCAUGAUCCAACCACUCAUUAGAGGUCACACCAGCUGGGCCAGUUUCCCCGGGGCGGAUUCCCAGCUGGGCUGGGCGAGGACGGGUGGGGAGGGAAACAGCUGAACAUGUCAGGGACGCCACUGUCACCGCACAGGCUGAACCCCAGAUCCUGCCGACCCCGCCCUGGACAGUGCUGGGGCUAGGCGAGGAGGGCCACUCGAAGAGCCUCGGAUCGGGUCUUACCUGGGGGGCGAGUACUUGCCAACAGCUGUUUUCUGUUUGCGAAGGCCCAUAAUCUUUAUUUUGGGAUUAAAAAAACAACAAAAACGUCCAACUCCUCUCUCAGGUGGUUUCUCACCACCUCCCCGGCGGGGGGGGGGGGGGGGGGGCUUGCCUCUUAGCUGUUUCCCAAACCCCUGUAGUGGUGCACGUUUGGGGACCCCUGGGGGAGGGGAUAUUUGGGCCCCAAGGAGGGCUGAUUUAAAACACUUAACUUCUGGACUUCUUUAUGCUCUUUUGAAGACCAGAGAAGA